GGAUGUGCGACGUCAAGGAGCGGAUCACAUCAAUCAUCCAUCACGGCAUCCGCCAACCCACCGACUUCCGCUUCUGUUUGGCCAUUAAUUCCAUCGAGAACCCCGCGUUUAAUCAUCGCAUUUAAUUUCCCAGUGGUCAUCUCUCCCUGCGACGGGUAACUGAGGUGGGAAACCCUCUUCUCCUCUUAGUUUCUUUGCCCUCUGGUAUUGACAUGUCUCAUCCGGAUGGAGAGCAGAGUUUUUUCAGCCUGGAGCUUUUCGCUCUCUCUCUCCUCUAUGCUUCUCUGCCUUUCUCCAUAACGCUUCCAUCCUUUUCGGCGGGUUUGAACUCGGUUGGCGGCUGUUGCUGUCACUAGAAAGACAAGAUGCCAAGCAGGGUUUGUGGGUUUCAGCCGGCUAUCGACGGCAAGCACCGAGUUUCUACUGCGGCAUGUAUGAGCGAUAUUACUUUUUAGGGAGAGGGCUUCAGGAAAUAUUUUGGAGGAGGUCAGGUCAUCUUGUUUUUGGUUGCUCAAGUGCUUCUUUAGGGAUGUGUUUGACAUUUUACAUGAUGCUUGGAGCUACUAGUUCGUGAUUAUUAUGAUGAAAAAAUGAAGCCUCAGAGCCGUGUGCUUAUCAGAGUGUAGACAAGUAAAAUGUCUGAUACCCUCAAUGAAAAGGUUGGAAGCGACUCUCAUGAAAUCGUACCUGUUCGAGAUGAAAAACGGCGAAAGCUUUCCAUUGAUGUACCCACAAGAAAUAUGGGGCUUUCCUCCAUGAAUUAUCUAAAAGCAAAUGUGCCUUUAACGCCUGGCUCCGAUUCCAAUAGGAUAAAUAUUCUCCCAAUAUGUAGCCCUGCAUCUGCAAAAAUGCAUGCAUCUCCAUGCUCGACAUCAUCUAAGGGUAAACCUUUCAUAAAGAAACUUCUUUCAGGACUAAGCUUCAAGUUCCAGCCUUCAGCUUCAGAAGUAGAGAGAUACGAGACUCAAGCUCCAGAGGCAUAUUCUGCGGAAAAAGGGGGAAAACCUUCCCUGUUGGGCUCGUUUUCCUUUUCAAAAUUAUUCAGCCCGAGAAUUAGGAGGACAUCAUCGUUGCCAAUCAACUCAGACUUACAUGGCAAGAGUCCACAUGGCAGUACAAUGGUUCAUAACAGCUCCUUGGAAAGAAAAGAGGUCCAGCAUCAUAUAUCUCGUUCGCUUUCACUCCCCACAGAUAUCAAACAUAUCAAAUCUAAAAGUAUCAAGAGGAUGAACUCCCUAGGCGGUGUAUUCCGAGUAAUUCCUUCUACUCCACGUGUGGUGGACUUGAGUAGCCCAGUGGCAGAUUCCAUCACUCCCGUAGACUCUGCUAUUGAUGGUGAUGGUGAGGACAUACCUGAGGAAGAGGCUGUCUGUCGAAUCUGUAUGACAGAGUUGUCAGAAGGCAGUAAUACUCUCAAGCUAGAAUGCAGCUGCAAAGGUGAACUUGCAUUAGUCCAUCAAGAAUGUGCUGUCAAGUGGUUUAGCAUUAGAGGGAAUAGAAAUUGUGAAGUUUGUGGGCAGGAAGUUGAGAAUCUAUCUGUAAGACUGCUACGAGUGCAAAGUGUUCAGACGGCUACAACACUCCCAGGCAUGUCCAGACAAAGAACAGUGUAUUUUUACAGGUUCUCGCACGAGAUGCCUGUUCUCGUCAUCAUUAGCAUGCUUGCGUAUUUUUGCUUCCUCGAGCAGCUAUUGGUAAGAAACAUCUACACCUCUUGUAGCUUAUCUAUACAUGACUGGUACAAUUGGCAGGUAGCAGAUGUCGGUACUGCUGCACUAGCUAUUUCGGUGCCCUUCUCAUGCAUCUUGGGAGUAUUCGCAUCCCUCUCCGCAUCAACCAUGGUGAUGAAGAGAUUUGUUUGGAUCUACGCGACGGUUCAGUUUAUGUUGGUGGUCUUCUUCGCCCAUCUUUUCUACUCCUAUCUUCAUAUGCAAGUCAUUAUAUCCAUCGUCCUCGCUAUGUUUGCUGGAUUUGGUGUUGCGAUGUGCGGAAAUACGAUCGCCAUCGAGUCGUGGAGAUGGAGGAGGAGGAGGAGGUGGCACGUUGCGUCAGCUGGCAGUCUCACUCCUCUAGAGAUUGUGCCAUCGUCGAGCCAACAACAGGUACAAUGAGCACACAGUCUCUCUCAACAUUUGCAUCAUCACAGUGGAGUGAGUGAUAGCAAUCUUUGUCGAGGGAAAUCAUUCCUCCUGAUCUCUAUUAUGUUUGUGGAGUGGUGGAUCACAAGACUGAUCAUUUGUUGCUGGGCCAAAUGGGUAUCUAUCUAAAGCUAAUUAUAAUCUUCGGAGUUGA